CCUCUGCGUACUCAUUAAAAUUGAACCUUCCUUUCCUUUAAAUUUCUCGUAUCGGAGGAAAGAGAUAGGCCACUUCAAAACACGUUUAGAAUUACUGCGAAUGACCGAAAUUCUUGAUUUGCCGGAAGGAUGCAUCGCCACCAUACUGUCACGCACUACUCCCGUAGACGCCGGCAGAUUCUCCCUCAUUUCCAAGACAUUCCGUUCAGCCGCCGACUCCGAUGCGGUCUGGAAUCAAUUUCUCCCUUCCGAUUCCAAUUUCAUAGCCUCUGUUGUUUCACAGUUUCCCUCACUUGCCAACGCUCCUACCAAGAAGGCUCUCUAUCUCGCUCUUUCCGAUCACCCUAUCAUCGUCGAUCAUGGUUACAAGAGCGUUCAAUUGGAUAGAAAAAGUGGAAAUUUCCGUUACAUGCUUGCGGCUAGAUCUCUCACUAUUAUUUGGAGUGAUCAUGACGAUUAUUGGAAAUGGAUUGAUUUGCCUUAUUCCAGGUUUCCUGAAGUCGCUGAGCUUCUUAAUGUAUGUUGGUUUGAUAUACAUGGUACGAUAAACACCGUUGCAUUGUCCUCAAAUACUGAGUAUGCAGCUUAUCUUGUGUUCAAGAUGGUUGAUCCCCAUGGAUUUCAGAACCGUCCCGUAGAGUUAUCAGUUUUUGUCGAAGGUGGACAUAGUAGUACAAAAAAUGUCUGUUUGGAUCCUAAUGUGAGACAUAGGUCUCACAACAGAGUAGUAGGAUUGCAAUGUCCUACUGUGAGAAGUGAUGGAUGGUCAGAGAUUGAGAUGGGAGAGUUCUUCAAUUCAGGCAUAGAGAAUGAAGAAGUCCAUAUGAAGGUUUUGGAGACGGCUGGUAAUUGGAAGAGAGGUUUCUUUGUUGAAGGGAUAGAAGUUAGGCCUAAGUAACACAAUUAAGCAAUGCAAGGUAUUUUGCAAUGGAUGGCAGAAUAAUGUUUGAAGAUUUGAAGUUCCUGACUUUUCAACAUAAUAUUGUUCCAAACUGUUUCUUUGUAAAGUAUUUAACAAGUUAUAUUGUUUGUCAGUUUCCUUCCUGGUGUGUUGAUUGUUCCAACUAUAUUAUAUAUUAUGAUUAUGUGAUAUUGUGAUGUCA